AUUUUUUUUUUGUGAAGGUUUUACUUACUAUUUAGAAAGUGAAGUUGAAUUUUGGACAUUGUCAAUUUUUAUCAAAACUCAGUAAUGAUAGUUACACGUGAUUGUAGAUUGUUGAUGUUAUUUUUUAUGUAAAUUCAUUGAAGAAAUAUCAAAGAAAAAUUUUAUUUACAUGAUUACUUGAAAGAUUUAUUUCUUAGAUUUUCACUCCCGAAAAUGUCUCCAGAAAAAGAUCUAGCAAUGGCAGUAACAAUAAAUCAAAAUUGGCGAACGAUCAACCGAAAAACUAAAAAUCUAAUGCGAUUUCCCCCAACAACUUCUAUAACUGACCCCAAGUCAGUCGAGCAGUCCCUCAAAUUAGUAGACCAACUCUUCGCCGAAGGCGUGAGCGUAAACUUCGCCACAGAAUCCGGCGAGCUAGCUUUGCACUCCGCGAUAAACUCCAACAACUUCAAACUCGCCGAAAAACUAAUAAAUUUAGGUGCAGACGUGAAUCUAAUGCGGUGUACCGAGGGUGCGUUUCAAAAUUGCACCCCAUUGCACAUCGCAGUAGAAAAAAAAAACACCGAAAUGGUAAAAUUACUCCUACGUCAUAACGCUAGCGUAAAUGUCCAGCAUGUGACUCCAGUGCUCACAAAAGCGGUCAGAAAAAAAAGCUUUGAGCUAGUAGAAUUAUUGAUCAACGCCGGAGCAGAUUUGAACCCGGAGAAUAAAUUGGGCAAGCCUUUACACAUGGCAAUUGCUACGAAUAAUUAUAACAUGGUACAACACCUAAUCGAACUUGGUGCAGAUGUAAAUGGAAUUUCAAGGAACAGAACUGCUCUAGAGACUGCAGUAAAAAGAGAACUCACGGAAAUAAUUAAAUUAUUGCUGGAAAAUGGAGCUAGGGUUCAUGAUUGCAAAGAUGGGUACUCUGUUUUGUGCAGAGCUAUUGAAAUAGAUAAUUUUAAAAUUGUAGAGUUGUUAAUAAAUGCUGGAGCUGAUUUAAAUCCUCUAGGGUGUUGCACAGCACCCUUGCUUUGGGCUAUUACUCAAAAAAAGAGCAAAUUAAUUGAAUUUUUAAUAAGCCGAGGUGCUAAUGUAAAUAUUAUUGGUCCAGUAGAAAAAUAUAAUUUAUUAAAAGGCAAUUUUUCAGCACUGCAACUCGCUGUUAUGAUGGACGAAAUUAAUGUUGUUAAAUUACUCCUUAAAAAUGGCGCGAAUAUGAAUUUAAUUAUUGAUAAUAACGCUUUUGCUGAUGAUAGCUUGACGGUAAUUCAUUAUGCAAUUGAAUUUAAAUAUGAAGAAGAAUUAAAAUUGUUUUUUAAUAAUGAAGAAAUUGAUGUUAAUGCUAGGACAAAAAUUAAACACGAAUCUCUUUUGCAUUACGCGGUUAAAUAUUCUCAGAGAAAAAUAAUUGAAAAAUUACUUGAAGCGGGUGCUGAUAUUAAUUACCAGGAUAGUUUUGGGAAGCUACCGAUUGAUAAUGUUGACUGUGAUGAUAAAUUUGGGCUUAGGGUUGUUCUUGAACAACAUAUUUUGAAGCUACUGGGGGCUAAUUUGCAUGUCUCGAAGAAAAAUUUAAAAGCUGUAGAAGAAAAAAUUAAUUAUCAAGUUUACUUGGCUAACUGCCAAGAGGAAAUCAAAAAGAUGAAGGAAAUUAAGUUUUAUAAUACCUCGCAUACGCUUUAUGAUUUUCUGGGGAAAAAUGUUCACGAGAUGAGCUUCAUUUUGGUUAACAUGCGCAAUGUUUGUUGUACUAAUGAAAAAUAUCUGAGGAAUAAUUUUAAGAUUUAUGGAGGGAUUCUUUUUAAUAGGAUUAAGAAAACUUUUGUGAGGAAAUUUUAUUUGGAAAAGUCUUAUGAUUUUAUUUAUGUUAUUUUGAGGGAGAAAAUUCCGGAUUUGAUUAUUAAAAAAGUUUGCGGGUAUUUAACGACUCAAGAUUUGAAACGUUGUUCAAAUUGUAAAUAAUUUAAGCAUUAUUUUGAAAAAAAAUUUAUUUCUUAAAAAUUGUCAUUUUUUUUUUUU